AUGAAAGUAAAAUUCUUCUUGCUAAUUGUGUUCAUAUUUGCCUUGGCAAACAAUGUUGCCGGUGAUGAUAGCAGUAAUGGCAGUAAUAGCGAUACCACAAGUUCAAAUAACAUUAAACUUGGGUUUGGUCUCACCGCCAUGGCAGUAGGCGCCUCCGCGUUAGGUUCCUUUAUACCAUUCCUUGACCUCCUGUUUCCAUAUAUUCCCGGAUUAAGAGAUUUUCGCAUUACACAUUCGAAAGGCUUUCUCGCAAGCUCACUCUCGUUUGCCGCAGGGGUGCUAACGUUUCUCACAAUAGAUGACAUUUACUCGACCGCAAUUAGCGAGUUUGGCACCACAAAUAUUAACCCAAACUACACUACUCUCGUAGUUACUGCGAUAUUUUCCGCGACAAUAGUGUUACUUAUUCUCGGUAGGAAGGUUCUCGAUCGUAUUCAAUGGAAAUCCCAGGAGCCCGAAGUCUCUAGCACAAACACCGAUGAAGAAAUGAAUAUUGGUGGCAAAAAAGAAGACGAGACACAACCUACGGUUAUACCUCAGGAUGUCAUUCCACUCCGAAACUUGGGCUUUCAAGUUGCAAUUGCCCUGGCUCUUCAUAAUAUUCCAGAAGGAUUCACCAAUUUUGUGACUGUUGUUACCAAUCCCCAAGUUGGAGUUUUGUUUGCAAUCGCACUCGCACUUCAGUAA